CAAGGCUUAAUGAUGCUUUUAUUCUGAAGGACGCAGAGCCUCGACACCACCACGCGCCGCAGCUUCCUGUUUGGUUUGUUGUUGUCGGGCUCUCGUUUCCGGUGAUGCCAACAUGACCAAGCUGCAGCUGCUGAACGCCUUCCUGACGGAGCGGCUGGCCGCGGUGGUGCGGGACAUCCUGGACGUGGUGGGGGACACGGUCACCGAGUACCGGGAGGAGACGGCCAGGACCAGGCGGGAGAACGAGAGCCUGCGGCGGCAGCUGCGGGACGUCCUGCUGCUGGAGACCGAGACCGAGUGGCUGCGCUCCUCCAGGUCCGGUCUGGAUUUCGCAGCAGCUCCCGAGCAACAGUCCAGUGACCCGGAGUUGGAGCCGGACUCCACCCUGAACCAGCACCGACUGCCGCCGCCAGCGAGCGCGGCCCAGCUGACAGACGAGCAGGUGGCGUCUGUGCUGUCACUGUCGGUCCAGGAUGGGUCUCCCCCCAGAGAGAUGUUCCUCCCCAGGGAUGAGAAGCCCGCCGAGGUCUGGGAGACGGUACCGAAGCCCGCCCAUCAGCAGGAGGUGAUUAAAAAGGCUUCGCCUCUUCCUUGUCCCUCCUCCCCGGAUCCUCCCUCCGCCUGGGGCGCCGAAAACUACGCUGAGGUUCCGCCGCUCCGAGAGGAGCGUCACGUUCCUGCUGCGAUCAAACCUGAGCCUGAGGAACACAAAGUGACCAAACCCGAAGGUCACACAGACUCUCUAACGUCGACGCCAAGCGCUCACAUCACGCGGGACGUGUCGACUGUCCGAACCCCAGACGCAGAGCAGACAGUUGCGGUGCGCGCCGAUCGACACGAAGCUCAGCGCAGCGUCACGUCGUCUCAGGAGCAGCCGACGGUUACAGCCGACGAUGUCACAGUGGCCGGUUUUACCGCCGAGCUCGUCCACCGCUGCCCGCGCUGCGGCGAGGCGUUCGCCCGGGCCGGCAGCCUCCACCUCCACCUGGAGCAGAAACGAAAGGCCUACGCCUGCGACUGGUGCUGCAAGUCAUUUGCUCAGUCGGCGGACCUGCGGCGCCACCUGCGCACGCACACGGGUGAGAGGCCACACCGCUGCACCUUCUGCUCCAAGAGCUUCAGCCAGCGGGGGAACCUGAGGCGACACCUGCGGAUCCACACAGGCGAGCGGCCGUACAGCUGCCCGUACUGCUGCCGGACCUUCAGCGACGGCGACACCAUGAAGAAGCACAAGCGCACGCAUUCGGGAGAGAAACCGUACCGCUGCGUCCAGUGCGCCAGAACCUUCAGCACUGCCGGCAGCCUGCAGAUACACUUAAAGAAGGACAUGUGCUACGUGGCCAACGCCUGAUUGGCCGCGUCAGGGGAGCGAGCGAGAGAGAGAGAGAGAGAGAGGCCGCGGCGAAGAGAAACAUCUGCAGGCGGGGUUUCCUCCUGAGAGCAUCGAGCAGCAGGGGGCAGAAAACACGCCGUGACAAUGACGUGAUCACAGUUAGACAAAACAUGAGAAGAGAAGAGGGAAAAAAACACAGUCGUCAUCUCGGGGCUCGUUCAAUAUAUUAUAUACAUUAUAUAUUUCUCUGCGUUGCGGCCGACUUUUCCUCGUCUGGAUGGAGUUCUGCUUCUCUACACAGUUGCACUGACUGACAUCCACGCCUUUGUCUUAAUUUAUUUAUAUUUAUUUCUUUUCUUCUUCUUCUUCUUUUUAACGUCAAAUCGAACGUGGACCCUGGUGAACAGUUUGACACAUUUGACGACAGGUCUGCUCCUGGAGGAGGCUGCUCAGAUCCAGGACCAGGACCAGGAACACAAGUGAGAUUGAAGCUGCGAGCAGCGAUCGAGCCGUGUGUCGCGGAUAUCACUUUGUGUGUCCACGUACAUCACGCGUAGAGCCUAACAUGUAAAAUCGGAUGAUGUCUUGUCACAUAAGUUUGACUUCCUGUUGCCAGCAGGUGGUGCUGUGACCGUCGCUCAAUAUUGACAUGUAGAUGUAGAUGUGUGCAGGGGCGCGACCGUUGUCACGCCUGAUAGAGUCUGGGUCCGAUCGUAAAACAUGCACCUUCGAUUAGGAGCCACUUCCUGUUUCACGACGAAGGAUCGAAAUUUGCCAAAUCUGUGGGAGGAGUUCGUUGAAGUAUGAAACUUGAUGUAGAUGUUCAGGAGUGUGUGUGUGUGUGUGUGUGUGUGUGUGUGUGUGUGUGUGUGUGUGUGUGUGUGUGUGUGUGUGUGUGUGUGUGUGUGUGUGUGUGUGUGUGUGUGUGUGUGUGUGUGUGUGUGUUAGUGAGAUUGUCGUGUGUUAAAAGACUGAUGAAGACGUUUGCUGCUACUGAUUAAGAGAUGAUGAAUAGUAUAAUUUAUUUUCACCUUUCGUAUAUGUGAUCAAUAUUAAACGACUUGUCGCUCCUGGAUGUGAAGGAACAUGAGAAACAUGCGACUUGUACAGUUUUUAAAGUGGAAGCAGCUGAAAGUUCAUUUCUCUUCUGGAUGUAAAAUGUCUUUUCUUUUAUUGACUAAACUGACGUUGCUGUGAA